AUGCCUUCAGGACAAGGAGCGGGCACAAACCCGAUCCACAACAAGAAGCCCAAGAAGCAGAACAAGGAGGAGGACGAGGACGAUAUCGCGUUCAAGCAGAAGCAACAAGCCGAUAAGAAGGCACGCGAGGAAAUGGCAAAGAAGGCCGGAGGCAAGGGUCCCAUGAAUACUGGGCAGCAGGGCAUCAAGAAGUCCGGAAAGAAGAAAUAA